AAAUGACCUAAUGUCUGUCUUAUAGAGGAAGAGUCCACGGUGAUCGGAGGUGAACAACAAUGGCGUCGAACGUGAAUUCAGCUCCGACUGGAUGCUUCAAGUGCGGCCGUCCCGGCCACUGGUCCCGUGAUUGCCCUUCCUCUGCUCCCAAUUCCGGCAAUCCCUCCUCGUCUUCUUCUCAAAACCCUAGCAAUGACCUCCAGAAGUCCUCCUCCUCCGCCGUUCCGAAAGCGAAAGUGCCGAAGACUAGAACGCCGAGACCGAAACUGACUCCUGAUUUGCUUCUCUCUGACGAUGGACUCGGCUACGUUCUCCGCUAUUUUCCUCGAUCCUUCAAGUACCGCGGCCGGGGGCGAGAGGUAAGCGAUUUGGGGAACUUGAUCCGAUCGUACAGUGAAUGGCACUCCCAUUUACUCCCUUACUAUUCUUUCGAUCAAUUUGUUCACAAGGUUCAACAAGUCGCUGCCACAAAACGUGUGAAGAUAUGUGUAAAUGAACUAAGAGAAAGGGUUGCCAGCGGAGUUGAUCCUAUGAAGUUGUACGAAAAUCCGGUUGAAGACACCGUUCCCUGUGAUGAUCAAGGUAAUCAAGACUUGGAUCAGCCAUGUCAUGACCCUGUGAAUGGGCCAUCAGAUAGUGUUGACCCUGAUUCUUUUCAGGAGGUUAUGCUGAAUGAGAUAUAUGGUAAUGCUAUGGAUCAGGAUACCCGUCAGGCUUCAGACGGAGAAGCAGAUGACAACGGGGAAAAGCCGUUGAGUAAUGGAUCAAACGAGAGAACUGAGACGGCGGGAAUGGAUGAGGGAAAUGGGUUGAAGGGAAUGGAGAGAGCUCAAGGCAUCACCGAGGAGCAGAAAGCACGGAUGGAAGCGAACAGGUUAAAAGCUCUUGAGAGAGCAAAGGCUCGCUCCAUGGCCCCAAGGGUUUAGCUCCUUCAAUCACUAAAUUCACCGUAUCUUCUUAUGUUUUGGGGUUAUUAAAAAAAAAAGCUUCAUAUAUCUUAUACCAUCUAUUUUGAUGCAGAGUUCUAUAAAUGUUAUGUUUCUUUUUGGCACUGUUUCUCAUUUUAAAAAAAGCUGAGCGCAGACGUGAAGCAGCUUAGAAUGGAAGGAAAACUUUUGGAGCA